AACUAUUAAAAGGAAAUAGGACCAUGGCAGCAGAUGAUGAAAAUGGUGAUGGAACAAGUUUAUUUGAUGUCUUCUCGGCUUCUCCUCUUAAAAAUAAUGAUGAAGGUUCUCUGAACAUAUAUGCUGGGUUGGACAGUGCUGUUUCUGAUAGUUCUCCCAAGUCCUGUGAACCAUCUAGAAAUUGUUUGGAUUUGUAUGAAGAAAUUCUUGCUGAAGAAGGAACUGCAAAGGAGGCAACAUAUAAUGAUUUGCAAAUAAAAUAUGGAAAAUGUCAGCUACAAAUGAAAGAGCUGAUGAAAAAGUUUAAGGAAAUACAGACACAGAAUUUUAGCUUAAAAACUGAAAACCAGUCUCUUAAGAAGAAUAUUUCAGCACUUCUCAAAACUGCUAGAAUGGAAAUAAACCGCAAGGAUGAAGAAGUUAGUCGCCUUCACCAAAGAUUGUGUGAGUUUCCACAUUUUCGAAAUAGUCGUAAAACUGCAAGGACGUCAGAUAUAGUUAAAACAAAAGACUUUACAUCCAGACCUCCCCAUUUGGAUGAUUGUGCAAAGACUGAUCACAAGGUGCAAUGUGAUAUUUCUAAAGAUGGACAUCAUAGCACUUCACUCCCAAACAUCGAAAAGGAAGUAAAACCGCAUUUGGAAAAAAAAAGCACUUUGCAUUUGCCUUCAUCUAUUGAAAAACACUGCACCAAUGGCAUUUGGUCACGUUCCCAUUAUCAGGUUGGUGAGAGUAGCUCAAGUGAGGAUAAUAGAAGAGGGAAGAAAGAUAGUGGAUAUAGCUAUUAUAGUAGAGGAACUGAUAGAAUACGAAAAGACUUAAACACUAGCUGUGGUGAUGGUGAACCAAGGAACUCAGAGGCCAGUCCAAGGCUACAAGGACGUUCUGAGAAAUAUGGUAAAAGUGAAUCAAAGACUGAAAGCAAAAAUUCAAAGUUUAAAAGUAACACAGAUUUGGAUUAUAAAAAUGAACGCUUUGGCUGUUCCUGGCAGAAGGAGACCUUUAGAGAGAGGUCACAUACUCGAGUAGAAUCUCAGAGCGAUAGAAAACUAGAGAGGCAAAGUGAAAGAUCACAAAAUAUAAAUAAAAAAGAACUUAAAUCACAAGACAAAGAAGAAAGAAAAGUUGAUCAAAAACCCAAAUCAGUAGUAAAAGACCAAGAUUAUUGGCGAAGGUCUGAACGAGUAUCAUCUCUUCCUCAUUCUAAGAAUGAAAUAAAAUCUCAUAAUUCAAGUAAAUACCAUCUAGAAGACAGAAGAGACAGGGAAGAUGGUAAAAGAGACCGGGGUGUAAGUAAUCAUAGUUUUCAAGAAGGAAGAUGUUCAUCCUCCCUUUCAACCAGUAGAACUCACAAACACAUUGACCCCAAGGAAGUUGAUGCUGUGCACCAAAGGGGAAAUACACCUUUAGAAGCAGAAAGGCAUAGAACUGAAGAUAAGAGGAAAAGAGAACAAGAAAGCAAAGAAGAAAACAGGUAUAUGAGAAGUGAAAAAAGAACAUCUAUGGGACAUUUGCAGAAGAUUAACAAAGAAACCAAGCAAACCACUACUGAUUUAAAGAGACAGAAUGGACUGAAAAAUGAUAAAGGUGAAGUUUCUAAUAAUGAUGUUUCUGAACGCACAGAUAAUAAAGACCUUGCAAUUAAAGCCGAGAGUGGUCCAAAUGAAACAAAAAACAAAGACUUAAAGUUGAGUUUUAUGGAAAAAUUGAACUUAACUCUUUCUCCUGCUAAAAAGCAGCCUAUUCCUCAGAAUAAUCAGCAUAAAAUAACCAAUACUCCCAAAUCCAGUGGCAUAUGUGAUUUAGAGUCCUUGGUACAGGAUAAAACAGUGAUAUGUGUUCCCUCUGUGAGUGAACAUAUCACAGAGGAAACCAAAUCAAAGUUAUUGGAACCAGAAGAUGCUCUUGCAACAGCAUCAUCUGAACCCAGGACCAGUAUUCUGGAAAGGAAAACGGAAGAAGAAAAUAGUUUGUUAAUUAAAUCUGAUUCGAAUACUAUGCAGUGUGGCUUGCCCAUUUGCGGUACAGAGACCUCUUCUUCAGUACCCGUGGAAAUGGAACAAGCAGGAUCUUCGUUUCCUUCAGCAACAGAAAUGGAACAAACCAUUAAUGGUGCAAGGACAGCAGUACCUGUGGCACUGGACAUACUACAAACAAAUGUUUCUCAAAACUUUGGCAUGGAAUUGGAUACCAAAAGAAAUGACAGUUUAAAUUUGUGUAAUAUUUCUGAAGUUACGGAAAUGAAGGAGGCUUUUUCAACAAAAGUUGCCAAAUCCAAUGAAAGCAUUUUGAUGUAG